AUGCAUUUCCAGGCUGCGCUAUCCAUCGCCAUCUUUGGCGCAUCGGCCCUCGCCGAUGCCCCGCAACCCCGGCAAAACAGCUGCGUUAUGUGCCCAGAGGUCAUGCCCGAGUGCCCGGUCUGCCCCGCCAACGAGGAUUGCGUCAUCAGCAACCCGAGCGACUGCACCGAGUGCCCCCAGGCCUACUGUGCCACAAGGGCGGCCGACGGGACGCCGACGUCGACGCCGACGGGCAUCAUCGGCGGCUCCUCCACCAGCACCAGCACCACCGACGGCGGGUUCACCCUGCCCACCGUCUCUGAGAGCGAGACCUCUACCGGCACCGCGUCGUCCACGACGACGGCCACGGAGUCUUCGGGCUCGACUACCGCUACCGCGACCGCCUCUGAGGGGUCAUCGACUGGUACGGCCAGUGCGCCGGGGGCGUCGUCGUCUGCGCCGAGCAGUAGUGCUGCCGGGCGGGGUGCCGACGUGGCUGGGGUGGUGGGAGUGGCGCUGUUGAUGGCGGUGCCGGUCUUGGGCUUGCAGGGACUCUGGUAG